AGUUUGGAGGGUGGAUUUUUCCGAUUGGGAAAAAACGGAAGGCGCAGUUGGAGCAUCGAAUAUUUUUGGCGCACCCGUCCCGAGCGUCAAGAAAAUGGCUCCACGGGAAAUCUGCCGUGUGUGCUCCAACAAAAUGGCCACGGAGGACGAGGCCUACAACCUUUUGGAACUGCCGGACCUCGCCGAGAAGUUCUCCGACUGCACCAACUUGGUGGUGGAUCCCAUGGAGCACGAAAUGAUGCCCAGUGAAAUCUGCUGCGAGUGCUACGAGCAGAUAGAGAAGUUCCAUGCCUUCCGGGCCCUCUGCAUUCUCACAGAUCACAGGUGGCGGUCGAAGACGUGGCUUUUUUCAAAGGAUAUCGGCUUGGACAAGCCCGUCCUGGAGGUAGAAAAGCUAACGAAGGAAGCUACAAGCGAGCCCUACAUGACGUCUCCGGAACUGAUGAUGUGCGUCGAGGAACUCACGUCCCAGAGGCCUUUGUUGCAGACUAAUCAGGUCGCAGAGUCAGAUCAAAAUCAAGGUCAGAUCAGGGAUAAUAUUCCUGUUGAGACUGCAGAAGUCCCCUCCUAUAAGUGUGACGUAUGCUUUGAGGAAUUCUCGGAUGAGAAGCGAUUUUCCAUCCACAAACGGGAACACGAUGGCCACAGUCUGUACCACUGCACCGAGGCGGGAUGUGAGGAAUCCUUUAAUCGAUACGAAAGCCUAAAGCAGCACGAAAUGGAGCACGCAGAGGUGGGGAUGCGGUUCGUGUGCGAUCAGGAGGGCUGCAAAAAGAUGUACCGCCACAAGGGCUCCCUCAAAGCGCAUCAGAGCAAGGCUCACCAGAUCGGCGAGGUCCUGAAAACACACGUGUGCGAGUUCUGCGGAAGGACGUUUCAGAAUCAGGCAGCUUUGAAGCAUCACAGGUACACGCACCGCGACAACAUGCAGCUGCCGUUCGCCUGCGAGGUUCCCGACUGCUCCUCGAAGUUUCAGACCAAACAGAAGCUGGAGGUGCACAUGCUGCGCCACAACGGCAUCAAGAACUUUAGCUGCCCCUACUGCGGUCUAAAGAAGACUACCAAGAAUGAGCUGCGUCUGCACAUUAACUUCCACACGCUCGAGAGGACUUGGUCCUGCUCGCAGUGCCCCAAAGUGUGCAACAGCUCGACUAGCCUCAAGAAACACUUCCGCACCAUCCACGAAAAGGCCAGGGAUUACGCCUGCAGCUACUGCGAGAAGUCGUUCGCCACCGCAGACACUCGCAAAUACCACGAGAUGACCCACACGGGAGAGAAGAACUUCGAGUGCCAUCAGUGCGGCAGGCGCUUCACCCAGCCGGCUGCCCUCCGCACCCACCGCAAGAUCCACGAACGGGCGGAGGUUAAGCAGCUGCCCACAUUCACUAUUGCCACUUUCUUCCAAGGGUUCACGGUUAACUGAACGGGUUAACUGAAGUGCUUCCAUUUACUAAAUACGAUACGAAUAGUCUAAAAAAUAUUUUAAAGUUAAACGCAACAUAUACAUGUUACAGUACAAAGAGUGGUGGAGAAAUCCGAAACUUUUAUUACCAAUUUAAUUGAUAUUACCUUUUUAAGAAUACUCCAGACACAUGAAGUUGGUUGUAUGCAUAUCUAGUCCUAGUAUUACGGAACAAUAACUAGUCUUAAGCACAUAUUAUGCCUAUUGCAAAAACGAUAAAUAAUGACAAUACUUUUUCUGGUUGAAGAAAAUACUCAUUGAAUAACGACAAUACUUGAUAUCAUAAUAUAUAUCAUCGAAAAUAACUUUAUAAUAUCAACGGUGGAGAGACAAUACUUACUGGAAUAAUAUCCAACUCCUCUAAACUUAUCUACUUUUAUAAAAUAACUAUUCGAAAACAGAAAGACAAUACUUACUGUAAUAUCUAUGAAUUCUCAAUAAAGCCAUCAUCAGUUGAAUAAA